AGAAAGCAUGAAGAACGAACUUGAGCAGGUCAUUGACCAGUACAUCUUGGAUAUAUGGAAAUGAUUUGACGAUGAUAAUAACGGAACUUUGGAUAAGUCAGAGACAAAGGAUUUCAUAAAGAAGAUGUUGGAAGAAGUCAACGAAGACCCUGAUUUCUCAGAUGCUGAGUUUGAGAAAUGAUUUAGGGAGUUUGAUGAGGAUAGUAAUGGCACUAUCUCGAGGACUGAGAUGAAAAAUUUCAUAAUGAGAAUUUGUGGUUUGUAAAUUAUACUGUUA